GAACUGUCAGAAAACAAAAGACUUUGGCUUUUGUUGAAGUCAAUGAUGGAUCCAAUAUGAAGGGCAUACAAUGCGUGUUGUCGUUUGAUGCGAUUGAUGAAGAUUCUGAAAAAGGUAUGGGAUUUUUUGGGUUUGUUUCUAACGAUCUAAUCGUUUUCAUUUUUGGAGUUCUCGAUUACCUAUUGAACUGAUCUUUCUUGAAGCAAAUAUUCUAACUAAUUGAAUUUUUCGGCCUCAUUCAUUCCAAAUCUAGAACUUGCUAAGAUCACCACUGGUUGUUCUGUAGUUGUCGAGGGCCCUCUUGUUGAGUCGCAGGGGGGUAAGCAAGCAGUCGAAGUAGCAGCUACAAAGAUUCGCGUUGUUGGCGAAUGUCCAGGAGAUACCUAUCCACUUGCAAAGAAACGUCAUUCGUUAGAAUAUCUAAGGACGUUAGCUCACUUGCGUCCUCGUACGAACACUAUUGCAGCGGUCGCGAGAGUUCGUUCGCAAUUGGCAGGUGCUAUUCACGCCUUUUUCCAACAGAGUGGAUUUGUUUAUGUGCAAACUCCUCUGAUUACGGCUUCAGACUGCGAAGGUGCGGGAGAGCUUUUCCGCGUGACGACCCUUGACAUCGACAAUAAAUCAUCUUUACCAUUGGUGAAGACCGAAGAAGGUAAAAGCACAACUGAUAUCGUAGAUUCAAGUCAAGAUUUCUUCGGGAAACCCGCGUACUUAACGGUCAGUGGUCAACUUGGUGGUGAAACAUACGCAUCUGCAAUGGGUGAUAUCUAUACAUUCGGGCCGACGUUCCGGGCAGAAAAUUCUCAAACCACUCGUCACUUGGCGGAAUUUCACAUGGUUGAACCAGAAAUGGCGUUCGCAGACCUCGAUUCUGCGAUGGAAAACGCCGAGGACAUGUUGAAAUACGUUGUAAAACAUGUGUUGGAUUCAUGUGAGGAAGACCUGGCCUUCUUUGGUAAAUUCUACGACAAGGGUCUUAUCAAACGGUUAGAAAAACUUGUUUCCCAACCCUUUGUCCGAGUAUCGUAUCGCGAUGCAAUUAAAUACCUACAAGAAGAAAUUGCCAAGGAUCCGUCGAAAUGGCAGUUUCCCGACGUUGAAUUUGGGACUGAUUUAUCAACUGAGCACGAGCGUUGGCUUGCAGAAACCAAGUUUGAUAGCGCAGUAUUUGUUUACAACUAUCCGAAAGAAAUUAAAGCUUUCUACAUGAGAGACAAUGAAGAGGAUGAUGGAGAAACUGUAAAUGCGAUGGACUUGUUGGUGCCUGGUGUUGGUGAAUUGGUGGGUGGAAGUCAGCGAGAAGAGCGACUUGAGACGCUGUUGGAGAAAAUGGGUGACCAAGAUCUGGAUCCUGAAGAUUAUUGGUGGUAUCUUGAUCUCCGUAGAUUUGGGUCAGUCCCUCACUCUGGGUACGGUCUAGGGUUCGAAAGGCUUGUAACGUAUGUCUGUGGAAUUGAAAAUAUCAGAGAAGCAAUUGCCUUUCCUAGAUACCCAGGACAUGCAGAAUUCUAAUGAAUGUCUCCUUGGGCAUUUGAAUUUUCCCCUUGGUUUAAUGAAAACCCAACUGAUGCUUAAAACUUGCCUCAAAUUCUCUUCCUACUCGCGUCAUCUGAAUGAAUGAUUCGUUUUUUGUCGUCACAAAUUCACUGGCAAGAGUAUGGUAUCUUGUAAUAGUUAGCAGUACGCAUGAGAGAGAUCUCUUCUCAAUAUAUAAAACAUCUGCCC